UUCGGAAUUUGGAGCAAAUGAUGAAGGAUAAGAAAAAAAUUUCAGCUCCGAGGAUGCGAAUACAUGGCGGCGAGCGCUCAAAACAGUUGGUGGCAUCAGCGGGUUGGACUUGAAGAAUUAUACAGGGGACGGGCAUCUAAGCAAGAAGGUUGUUGAUGAGGUUGUGAAUAGGCUCCGGACAAGACAAAUAAAAGUGACCGAAGAUUUAGUUGGAAUGGAGAAUCGAAUAUCGGCAAUAAACAAUUUAUUAGACAUCGAUGCUGGUGGUGUGCGGCUUAUUGGAAUUUACGGGAUGGGUGGCAUGGGUAAAACCACACUUGCCCAAAUAAUCUACAACCAACUGUGUCCUCACUUUGGGAAAAGCUGUAGCUUUCUUCGUGACAUAAGGGAAACAGCAAAAACCAAGGGCUUAGUCAAGCUGCAAGAACAAUUAUUGUCCGAUAUCUCUAAUUCUACAGUGGCUCACAACAUUCGUUAUGAUGAUGAUGGGAUCAAAGCGAUUGAAGGAACAAUUUGCAACAAGAAGGUACUGGUUGUUUUGGAUGACGUUGAUGACGGCAACCAAAUUCAAAAACUAAUUGGAAGGAUUUCUUUGUGUCCUGGUACUAGGAUACUUGUUACCACUAGGGAUAGUGGGGUUUUGAAUAUUAGGGGACUUGAGUAUAAAUUCAGGCCUUAUGAAUUGGAGCGGUUGAGUGAUGAACACGCACUUCAACUUUUUAGUAAGCAUGCCUUUGAUGUCGACUCUCCUCUAGAAGGUUAUGACGCUCUUUCAAAAGACAUUGUCCAUACGGCAGGAGGCCUACCUUUAGCUCUUCAAGCAAUAGGUGCAUCGCUUUAUGGUCAGAAAAAGAAAAAAAUAUGGGAAGAGAUGCUGCAGAAGCUAAAGACAACACUCGAUAAGGAUGUCUUGGAACAAUUGAAGAUAAGCUAUGAUGCCUUAGAAAAAGAUCAAAAACAGAUAUUUCUCGACAUUGCAUGCUUUUUUAUCGGUUGGCAGAAUAAGACUGAACAAAUCUUUAUGUGGGACAAUUGUGGGCUUCGCUCAGAGCAUGCUAUUGAUGUACUUACUAGGAGGUGUAUGAUAAAGGUUUUAAAUGAUAAUGAAUUUUGGAUGCAUGAUCAGUUUAGAGAUCUUGGAAGAGCAAUUGCUAAAGAAGAGGGUACUAGGUUGUGGGAUACAGCCGACAUCAUUCGCGAAUUAAGUUCGAUAGAGAAAAAGCAAAACGUUCAUGCACUCUGUUUUCACCCGCAAUGUCGCCCUUGUAUAACUGUCACUGCGAAGGAAAUUAAGCGGUUCCCGCAUCUACAGUUUCUUUGGUUGAAUGGCGUACGCUUGCAAGGCGACUUCGCGAGCUGUCUUUCCAAGUUGAAAUGGUUUGAUUUGUCCCAUUUCACUUAUGGCAUCGAUGAUCCACCGUUUAUGCCAACCAAUUUGCAUCUGGAAGACGUAGUUCUGUUGGAUACUUAUGGCUAUGAGUGGACAAAAGAUGCGAUCAAGAGCCUAAUCAAGGAGGCAACGAAGUUGAAGGUUCUCAGCAUUAAUUCAUGUCGUUUGACACAGGAGACACCAAUCUUUUCCAAACACUUAGUUUUGGAGAAGUUGAGUUUUCUUUACUGUUAUUCUUUGAAGAAAAUUAGUUGCUCUAUUGGGAAACUGAGGUUGCUGACUUACUUAGAAUUUUGGCAUUGUAAUGCACUUGAAAAAUUGCCUGAACAAAUUGGCGGACUAAAGAAUCUUCAGCACCUCUCUUUUUUUAAUUGUCAAAGCUUGAGGGGACUCCCUGACUCAGUUGGCAAACUAAAGAAUCUUCAGCACCUCUCUUUUAGGUGUUGUCAGAGCUUGAGGGGACUCCCUGACUCAGUUUCAAAAUUAGACUCAUUGAUGGAACUGGACCUAGAUGAUAAAACAUUUGACCCAUCUACGAAACUGGACCUAGAUGACUACAAUAAGAUUCAAGAGUUGCCGGAGCUCCCAAAAAGUUUGGCCACUCUGAGGUUUUCAUCUAGAUCGUUGCAGAGUAUCCCUGACGUCUCAAACCUUACUAAUCUAGUUGAACUGCUCCUAUCGGAUGGUUAUUCAAAUAUAACUAAAUCUUGCGACUUGUCAUGGAUUGGGAGGCUAUCCAAACUGAGAAAGUUGGAAUUGUGCCUUUUAAAUGUCCCCGCAACAUCCAUAGAGUGGGGUUCCCUUUCCCUGCUGGAAGAACUUCGUCUCAAUAGACUAGACCUGCAGAAGCUGAAACAACUUCCAUCAAGCUUGAGAGUUCUAGAACUCGGAGUGACUCAAGUGAAACAAGUGGAACUCGAUGGGCUUCCUAAUUUGGAAAAGUUGGUGAUCAUAAGCUGUGAACACGUCGCAAGAAUAUCCAUUACAUCAAGUUUGAAUAAACUCAGAGAUGUUGAGGUGUUCGAUUGCCCCAAGCUAGUCGAACUUCAAUUUCACGGUGUCUUAAAAUCGAUGGAGAGUUUAGAUAAUUCGGAUAAUGAAUCUUUAGAGAGGUUGGUUUGUCUAUCGGAGGAGGAGCUAGGAUGCAAUGAGCUACAAGCUCCCGAGUUGACUGAUGGUUGGAGGAGAGUGUCCCUUGUCUCAAGCUCCCUAAAGAUGCUUCGAGAACUCGAGCUGUCAUCUUUCCUAGGGCCACAAGAGAUUCAAUUUGUUUCAACGUUGGAAGCAUUGGAAUUUUUUUCUGUUUCCGAUUGCAGUUCAUUAAAAAGGUUAGGAGGUUUGUCAAACUUGAAGAAUUUGAACCAUUUAAGCAUUAGGUCGUGCCCGACGCUGCAGGUUGUUGAGGGCAUCGACAAGUUAGAGCGUUUGGAGUAUUUGGGGAUUAGUGACUGCAGAUCAGUGGAAAGGAUUUUCGAGUCAUCAAGCUCAAAAAUACCAAAGGAGUGCAAGAUACAGAUACAUGAUUUGGGGCAGCUACCCAGCUCUGGCGACGGGGGAUCAUUCAUCACUUGGGAGUGUUAUAGACAGAUGAUUUUGAAGGCACAAACACAAGCGGCGGACUCUACUAUCGAAACAACUUUCCCCGAAAUAGGGGAUCCUCUAUUGGAACAGCCAGAUGAUGGUGAGGAGGAUAACGAUGACAACAAGGAUGACGGUAGGCAGGAUGACGAUGACGAGGAUGAUGACGAGGACAAUGAAGAUGAUGGCAAGGAUGACGAUGACAACGACGAAGUGCGUGAGGACCAUGAGAAUGAUGACGGUGAGGAUGAUGAGGUCAGCAAUGUGCAUUCGUCUCGCGGGUCUUCGCCGGUUUGUUCUGAGGACCAGGAUGAUGACGAUGACGAUGACGGCGAGGAUGAUGAGGGCAAUAAUUCGCAUGAGGUUUUGCAGUCAUCUCACGGGACUCCACCAGUUCAUUUUGUGAGCGAUAGCGAUGAGAACAAUGAUGUCAACAAGGAUGGCGACGACGACGGGGACGGCGACAAUGAUGGCGACGAGGAUAGGAAAAGGACGAGAAUGAGGAAGAGGAAGAGAGGGAUGAUGAAGAAGCUGAGGAGGAGUCAUCUUGCGGGCAUCCACAAGUUCAUUCCAUGGACAACGAUGAAGAGGAGGAAGGCUAGAGGCGAAGGCGAAUCAAUGGCAACCACGAGAAAGAGGAUGAGAUUGAUGAUGAAGAAGCCGAAUAGGAGGUAAGAGAUGGAAUAAAAUGAUGUACUUGGCUUCUUUUUUCCUAUCGAAACAUGGGGCGUGAAGACUAUGACUAGUAGUUGAAAGUGUACUAGUGCCGAUAUCCGUUCGGUCUCGAGAGUUGAUCGGCGAAGCCACCUCAAUUUCUCGUCUCUUUCAUUUUUCAACAGCUUUUGUUCUUUUCCUUUUCGAUUGUUUAGAUGUUAUUCACUCCUUUCUUUUCUCUCCAUAAAACGAAAAUGGUGUGUAAGUGCCCUAUUUAUGGCACGCGAAUUUGUUUGGAUUUUAUUGGUUAUUCUCUUCUGAUUCA